GUCACCUUCGUUUCUUUCAUUGCACACCAGCUCCAGCCACUCCUUUGUUUCUUAUUCUUCAUUCAUUUUUUCGCUGUCGAACAGUGGAAGUCUUUCCCAUUCGUUACCCUCGUUUGAACCGCAAUCUUGUCCGUGCCGACAUCCCGAAGCCCAUUUUGAAAACCCCCUUCUCUCGAAACAUUUGCAACAUUCGCCCGUGACAUUAUCGAAGAUGUUCUCCGCUAGAGCUGUUCUCUUUGUGACCGUGUUGGCACUCCUCAAUAUUUUCGCCGUUGCCACUCCCCCAGGAUGCCUUAUUGCUGCUAUCAAUACCCAAGAGGAUCCGUCUGAUAUGGACGUUAUGUGCGGAUCAGCAUCCAAGAAAGUCCAAAACGAAAUCGUCAAGCUCUGCGACGACUCCAACGUCCAGGCGGCACUAAAUGCUUAUUCCAAAUCAUGCUCCGAAUCCGGAAACAAAGUCGAACUCAUCGAGAUUUCUACCACCCUAGCCACCAUGUCUGCAACCGGAUCUCCCACUGGAUCGGCUACCUCUCCUGUUCAGGCAACGGGUUCGGCCACCACCACCUCCGGCAGCGAGCCUAUAGAGACCGGAAAUGCUGCAUCUUCACUUAAAUCCCAGUCCUUCGCAUUGGCAGCUAUGGCAGCGAUCGUCGGAGCUGCUAUUCUGUAGAGCUAGAAAGGGAUUCUUUGCUGAUUGCUUUUCGUCUGAGUGUAUAUGCUUUGAUAAUUCCACUUAAAUCAUUGUCUUCAAAGUGAAUGCAGAACUGGUCCGGUUUAGCCAUACCUCAAGGCCAACUCUGAACCUGCGAGCAUUAACAACUGUUUUCCUGUACAUCGUGUAGCUAGAUAACAAACUAUUUAGGCUUUCAGGAGCGUCA